AUGGAAAAGGACCUUGCCCACCGCGGCCCUAACAAGACCACCGACGACCAGUUCAAGAAGACGUUCCAGACCGUCGGCCGUCCUGAGACCACGGACCACGACAUCCACGAGGACUUCCUGAAGAACCCGCCCAACAACCAUCCAAGCGAGUUCACCAACUCUGACAACCUGGGCAAGAAGGAAGGUGCCUAUGAGCGCGAGCCCAUGCAGAUGGGCGUUCUCGGCUACGAAGAGACGGGUCGGGUGAAGAAGAGCGCCGUGCAGGGCGCUAUGCUAGAGGAGGACUCGGUCCACCCUUGA